AUGAUUAAUUAUGUCAAGAUUGUUGUUGAAUCAUUAAAUACAAUUUUCGAUACUUUAUUACCUUUCAACCAAAAUUAAUAAUCUAAUUGUUUAUCUUGGUUAGUAUUGAUUAUUUUCUCAUUUAUUGCUGAUAAUUUUGGUAGAAAAUUGUCAUCGUCAAUUUCUGUUGAAGCCCUCUUAGUUAAAGUAUUCUAUAUUUUUAAUAUUUAAGUUUGAUAUGAACUAAUAGAUGUUAACUAUAGUUCUAUUCUUUUUAAGUUUUCGAGAUAUGCCGAUAAUUACUGUACAUUAUUCAUUUAUUAAUGAACUUUCCUGUAAUUUAAUUAUAUCAAAGAUUUUAUAUAGAGAGUAAUUUUAGGGAGGUCUAAAAUGUUGGUGUCAAAGUGUUUUUUCUAAUUUGUAAAUUUGCUAUAAUAGCAUUAGCAUAUUUUAUUACGUUUUGGAAAUGGUUAGAAAUUACAGUUGCAAUACCAUAUUUUUUAUAAAUUAUUGGUAGUCUUUUGAUAUUUGAAUCUUCUUAUUUCUAUAAAUAAGAUUAAGAAAAUAUGACAUCACCUUUUCCUUAUUCAUGA